AUGGUGGGCAAGAAGAGAAGAAAGACAAGAACUCAUCUGAAAGGUCCGAUCAGCAAUUCUCAGACUGAUUCGCGAGCGCCCAAGAGCUUUGUGAUUCGUGGAGGCCGUGUGGGUAAGAGUGUGACAACGCUCGUUCGCGAUGUGCGACGGAUCAUGGAGCCGAAUACGGCAACGCGUCUCCAGGAGCGCGAGAAAAACAAGCUGCGUGACUAUCUGACGAUGGCCGGACCGCUGGGUGUUUCUCACAUGCUCAUAUUUAACCAAAGCGAUGCAGGCAUCAAUAUGCGAGUUUUGCGAUGCCCACGGGGACCGACUGUCACUUUUCGCGUCAACAAAUACUCACUGGCGAGUGAUAUCAUGCACAGCUCGAGGCGGCCCAUAGCGCCAGGCACAGAAUUCACGACGCCACCCCUGCUGGUGCUGAACAACUUUAGUGGAGAGGAACGGCAUCUCAAGUUGCUCGUGUCCGUUUUUCAAAACAUGUUUCCGCCGCUGCAUGUACAUUCCAUGCGCUUAUCACAGGUGCGACGUGUCGUACUCCUGAACUACAAUGCUGAUACCAAGACCAUCGACUGGCGCCAUUACCUGAUUUCUGUUCGCCCCGUUGGCGUGUCCCGUUCCGUCCGCCGUGUAAUUGAAGGAAGCACGCGUCCAUCCUCUGCGUCAUCGGGUAGUGUCACGGGACAUGGAAGUGAACACAAACGGCACGGUCGAGCGCUGGUCAACCUCGGUAAUGCGACAGACAUUGCCGAGUACGUCAUUCGUGGAAGUCAGGCGGCUGGUGGCGAAGAUACCGAUACAAGCGAGGCAGAGUCAGAACUUGAGGACAUGGCCGAUCCACAGAAUGCUGUGCAACUCUCGCAGAACUAUGUGGGCCGCGGCAAUGCGGCCAAUGCGCAACGUGCUGUCCGUCUGCGUGAAAUUGGACCUCGUAUGGAGUUGCGCCUCGUCAAGGUGGAGGAGGGUCUGAACGGCAGUUCCGUGCUGUACCAUGACUAUGUGCAUAUGAGUGCGUCAGACGUUGCAAAGCAGACGCGCGACAUCACUGCGAAACGACAGCUUGCUGCGGAGCGCCGUGCCGAACAGGAACGCAAUGUCGAGCGCAAGAAGCAGGCCAAGGCGAAAAAGAGGGAGCCACACCCCGCAGAAAAUGAACCUGAAGAAGAAGAAGACGAAGCGGACGAUCAAGAUGACUUUGAGUACGAAGACGCCGCCGCCGGUGCACCAGCCAAUGACACUGCUAUCGCGCAGGACAUUCUGGGCAGCGAUGAAGAACUCUUUGAUGAGGGCGACGAAGAAGAAGAGGAUGCGGCCCAGUCAGACCAAGAAGAUAGUGACCUCGAGCCUAUUCCGCUAGGCGAGGUCGAGCACGAUGCGCCUGUUCGCCGCCGCCAGGCACCGUCCAAGCGGCGUCGUUAG